AUGGAGGCGACUAAUAACAUCCUUGAUUCAAUGAGCUUCAGUAUAGGCGCGGAAAUAGCAUUCACUGACGAGCAGAGUGAUUCAGUUAUUGACUUUCCGUCCUCCAGUGGUCAUCAAUCCAGCCGCAUUCCACCUAUACUUCAACAAAGAGUCAAGAAAAGAAAGAGUUGGGUCUUUCUUCCUGAGCAUGGCACUGAGUACACCCAAGGUGGGCGAAUCUACUGGCGUUGUGCACGCUGUCCACAACGCGGUAUUAAGGCUGUUACUUUUGCCGACUCUUCCACAAAGAACAUGCUAGACCACUUGAGCAUUGUCUAUGAGCUUGACAAAAAUGGCCCCUAUUGCUCUAUUGGCGUAUUUUUCUGCCUGUACUGCGUCAUAUACCUCUAUCUCUCGCCUCUUCCCAAAAUGCAGUGA